AUGGACGACCUACUCACCCCCGUCAGCACCACCUAUCUCAAACCUCGAAACGAGCCUCAACAGUUCCUCACAGAAGUGAAGCCGGCCAUUGAGCAUAAAAAGAUCACUUCCAUCUCGACUCCGGAUGAAGCUUUGGACGCUCUCAAGAGCCAGCCAGAUUACGACACUCUCGUCGCAGUCCUAGAAUUCCUAAAUGGCGACAAGCCCGCGUCCGACGGUUUCUCAUUCCAAACUCCAAACCCGAAGAGCGCCGCCAUCGUGCACCUUCUAGUUUCCGAGAUCGUGCCAAACUACUACACGCUUCUUGUCGAGGGAGCUCCCGAGCACGAUGGCUCGUCAGAGGAACCUCAUGUUGAGCUCCUGCUACGCUGCCUCCGCAGCUCAACAGGUCUCAACGCGACCAUGACUCAGAUCAGAGCUCUCAUUCAAGAAUCACGGCUCGGUGGAAAGGAGGAGAAGCGCAGCGAUAUUUCUCUCAACCUCGGCAUUCUCCUGGAUAUGCUGGCCUCUCUCCUGCGUGGCUUCGAAUCGAUCCGCGACAUAUGGGCCUCGUCAGUUAAGCAGCUUACCAAUGCGGGUCUUCAGAGAGUUCAGGCGCAGAAACUUGGCUCUCUACUCACAAACGGCCAGAUCGUGUCCGUCUCUGCUGAGGCCCUCGAGAUUGUCGGACGUGAUCGAGUGCGUAACGAGAGUCAGCGGAUAGCCGAUGGACUGGAGUAUAGCAGAUGGAUGGGAAACAGCAUUGUUUCAUGGGUCAAGUCCUCGCCCGGGGCAGAAGAGAUAACAUUCUGCUCUGAUCUCUUCCAGAAGUCAUUAUCCCUUCAUCACUCAGAAACUCUCAUCAAGAUUGCCAUUGAUGGGCUUCUCCUUUCUAAAGGUGUUUCCCCAAGUUAUUUCGUCAAUUUGGCCUUCAGCCAGCCACGAUCAUCCAAGAAAAUCCUCCAUCUUGUUCUCCAGCAUAUUUCCCAGAAGCAUCUCGGCCACCUAGACCUCGGCGACACAUCUUCCGACGAGAAAGUCUCUGCAGCUGCAAACAUAAUCAAGCAACUAGCCCUGGACAAUGAGACGAGAAAGAAUAUCCUGAUAGACUGGUGCGCCUCAUCAUCUGGUGCUGGACUUGGUGAUGGCAUUGGUAUCCGCCGUGCUGUAAUAGCUGCCCUUUCACAGGACCGAGAUGCUAUUACUACUGUCUUGGAGAAGUCUCUUGCACAAUUCGGAGAUGAGUUGUACAUAAAGCAUGCGGCAAUACUACAGCAGGAUGUUCAUACUCAAAUCUUGCUCCUCGCCGCUGGCUAUGUGCACAGGCUUUCGCCCAUCAAGCUGACUCUGCUCAUGCGGGCAGGCUCAUACAUGACCACUAUCUCCAACAGAAUCGGCUCUAGCCAGGCCAGGGCGCAGUUCCUCGGUCUAGUUGUUGGAGAAUCCCUCUCGGCUCUUAUCGACGACAACAAGAAACGACUGGAUUUCAAGAUGGAAGAGACGGAAACCGAAGAGGCGCAGCAGCUCAAGAGCCUCACAAAGGUCUCUGAUGCUAUAGGACCCAUUGAGCCCAUCCUAUCAGAUCCUGCAACAGAGACGUUAACCCAGUCUCGGAAGUCUACGACAAAACCCAAACCUCUGCAGAAGAAACAAAAGCAGAAGAAGAAGCCUCUUAUCGCCGAGGUCAAGCCAAAGGCUAUCAUCGAGGAGAUCGGUUCUUCUGAUGAAGAAGAUGACGAUCUUGCUCCCUAUUCCAAAGACUCUGACCCCGAGGAUUCCGAUGACGAUGCUACGCUGGUUGAGCGCAACAGACCAAAGCCUCCCGUCUACAUUCGAGACCUCAUCACCUUCUUCCGCGACUCAGAGUCGUACGACAAGCAGAAGCUCGCCCUGCAAACCGCCCCGGUUCUCAUUCGCCGCAAGGCGAACUAUGGCACCGAGGUCAGCUACCAUGCCGACGAGUUGGCUGGGCUGCUCGUGGGCAUACAGGACAAAUUCGAGAUGGACGACUUUCAAGAUCUGCGGCUUCAGGGUAUGGUUGCCUUGGUAGUCUCUCAACCCAAGACCAUGGCACCUUGGUUCGCACGCACUUUUUUCGAGGGCGACUACUCCCUUUCUCAGCGAACCUCGAUUCUUAUCACCAUCGGUCUAUCGGCGCGUGAGCUAGCUGGCUUUGAAGUAUCGCAGUAUCAGUCAGCUGCUGCUUUCCCAUCCAAACGACUCCCUGAGAAGAUGGAACAGCUCUACCUCGAACCCGCCAGUAACAGCAACACCAACGUCCUCCCUGCCUCCCAGCUCAAGGCACUUCCGCCCAAUGCCCUUGACAGCAUCUCUCAAUCCCUAACAUCCUCUUUCCUCGCCCCCCUAGCCGCAGAAGCUGCUGAUGCCAACACGGGGCCUGAUAUCCUCAAGCUGCAGAGCUUCACAGCACGUUACAAGUCCAAGACCAAGUUCAAGCCUCGUGUGCGCGCCAUCCCCAACACUACAGCCGCCCUCCUCGCGUCGUCCUUCUUCUCGCCGCUCACGGCUCACUUCCAGGUCGCCCUCCGCUCUGCAAAGCCCAUCAUCCUCAAUCCCGCACUCCUGGCGCUGUAUCUGCAGACUCUCGGUAUCAUCGUCCAUGCCGUGGGACCUUCCACACUUUCACUUCCUCAGCUGACGGCGGAGUUGUGGGAUCUGCUUCUCGGCGUAAGGGUACAUGUCUUGGGCGAUCUCGGUGCUAUGAAGGGAUGGCUCGUGGCCAUGGCUUCACUCUUAGAAGUCAACGGUGGCGACAUGCGUCGACUCUGCGAAGUGCAGGGCAGGGAGGUGAUGGAGACGAGAGAGUGGGUAGCCAUGGUAUUCGAGAGAACGAGAGGAGAGGACGGUGGGGAGGAGAAUGAGGUCAAGAUGUUGGCUGCAGGUGUGUUGAUCAAGUUGGGCGAGGCCAUUGAGAAGUAUCAAGCUUUGUUGAUGGGAGACAUGAUUGGGUUUCAAUAG